CCGCUCUUUAAUUUUUUCAUCAAGGCACUUAACUUCAACUUAAAAACCCGGCAAAAUAAAUCUGGACGGUCACUUGCGCUUUGCCCGUUCAAGAGGUUGUCUUUCACCUCCUUCCAGUCAGCCUUGAAAGUCACGGUAAUGAAUAGGUGAGGCUUUCCCCUUCUGUUGACAAUAGCCAAUGCAUCUUCUGUAUCAGACUUGUGUUUGCUCAUGGAUCCUGGGUGACUUGCUGGAAGCAGCUUUCCCGGCUGUGAUUCUGAGGAACUUUGUCGAAUGGAUCGAUCUGUGGCGAGUCUGCGUUCUAAAGGGCCGUGUUCAACACAAGUUAAACGUUCCUCCUCCAUUCUACUCAGCGAGUCGCAAGCCCAUUCUUGAGUAAUGCGACAGUUUCGUUUAAAAAUCGCUUCGCAAAGCAGACGUUGCCGGCAAUGGAAGGGGAAAGUAACAUGCGCGUCAUUUGUCUUGUUCAUCGUUUUUGAUUUAUGUGGAGGGUCUUCGUCUGGGUGUCCUUUACUCCAACCUGCCUCUCCGUGCAGCAUCAACAUUGGAAACUGAAGAGUUUCG